GUAAAAGAGAAAGAGAAAGGAGACGAAACGAUGAAGACAGUCGAAGAAGAAGAAGAGGAAGAAGAAGAAACACAAACCGAAGCAACGACGAACGAACCACAAAUCGACGAAGAAAAUAAGGACAAGGAAGAAGAAGAAGUGGAAGAAAUAGAAGAAGAAGAAGUGGAAGAAUAGAAGAAGAAGAAGAAAUAGAAGAAGAAGAAGAAGAAGAAGAUCUGGAGGAGUUACCGUGGUGGAAGACAUCCAUCGUGUAUCAGGUUUAUCCAAGAUCCUUCAUGGACUCGACAGGAUCCGGCGUCGGGGACCUUAUAGGCAUAGCGUCGAGGGCGGACUACCUGCGCGAUCUGGGCGUGGGCGCCGUGUGGCUUAGCCCUGUCUUCGCCUCCCCCAUGGCUGACUUCGGGUACGAUGUGUCCAACUUCACUGACAUCGACCCGGUCUUCGGCGACCUCCAGGACUUCGACGAUCUGCUGGAGGAGCUGCACCGGAGAGGCCUAAAGGUGAUUCUGGACUUCAUUCCGAACCACACGAGCGACCAACACGAGUGGUUCCUGAAGUCGGUUCGUCGGGAGGAUCCUUACACCCAUUACUACGUGUGGGAAGAACCUGCAGGAUACAGCGUCACGGGGGAUCCUAUUCCGCCGAGCAAUUGGCUGAGCGUCUUCCGGGGGUCGGCCUGGGAGUGGGUGGAGGAGAGGCAGCAGUUCUACCUCCACCAGUUCUUGGUCGAGCAGCCUGACCUCAACUUCCGCAACCCAGCUGUGAGGGAGGAGAUGAAGGAUGCGUUGCGUUUCUGGCUCGAGGGCGUCGACGGCUUCCGCGUGGACGCCCUCAAGUUCCUGUUCGAGGCGCGGAACGUGUACGAGGACGAGCCCCCUGCGCAGGAUUCCAACGUCGAGGAUCCCCUUCAGUACGAGUCCCUGGCCCACACUCUCACCGUGGACCAGCCCGAGACCUUCGAGGCCCUGGCUGAGUGGAGGGAGCUGGUGGACGAGUAUGAGGAUAGAUUCCUGAUGGUUGAAGUCUACGCUGACAUCAACGAGACCAUGAAAUACUACGGCAACGAGACCCAUCCCUUGGCUGACUUCCCCUUCAACUUCCAACUCCUUGACAGCUUCCAGGGUCGUGACAACUUCACAGGAGAGAGUGUCAUGGCUGUCAUUGACGAGUGGAUGACCAAUAUGCCGGAGGGAAAGUGGCCGAAUUGGGUGAUCGGUAACCAUGACAACGGCCGCGUCGCUUCUCGUCUGGGCAGCGACCUUGUGGAUGCUCUAAAUAUGCUGAUUUUGCUUCUGCCGGGAACACCUGUCACAUAUUAUGGCGAGGAAAUCGGGAUGGAGGACAACUUCAUCUCAUGGGAGGACACGCAGGACCCCCGAGGACUCAACUUCGGUCCCGAGAGAUACCAAGACUUCUCGAGGGAUCCUGCGAGGACCAAUGCAGCAGAGGGGGUGACGAGCCUAAUGCAGGGAACUGGCUUUAUGGACAAGAACUCCUAUGACAGAUAUUAG